GAUGGAGACAGAACUUCACAGCCUAGAAGAAACCCUACCUGCUGCAAUAUCAAAACUAAAGAGACAUUCUUCCAUCAUCAGGGACGGCGAGGAAAGUGAUGCACUGGUAAAGUACACAAGUCUGAAAGAUGUGAUUCUCAACUCGCCAAGAUAUAAUUCGUACGAGGGAAAUGCUUUCGAUUCGACCAACAUUUCGAUACGGAACCAACUGGUAAAGCAUGCAGCCUCCGCCUACCUCCAGUCAGCUGCGGUUCUCUCCAGCCGAAACCAGAACUGCUUGGUCCGUAUGUGGAGGAGAAUGAAGAACAAUGCUACAUUGCGUUCAUGCUGGUUCGUCUACAUUAGGAACCCCUUGGGAGCUUGUUUCCAGCCGAUAUGUCGGUUUCUUGGUUGGACGAUACAUGAAAUUGGAAGGUUUUGGACUAGGAGGAUCACCAUAGCCUGAGACUACGUACUACUGUGAACAUGCAAUCGAUGGAGUUAAUUCUUUCCAAGCUAGGUAUGCAUUCAUUUUAUCAUUUUCUCGUCCUUUUUUUUUUUGUCUUCUAAAAUGAUCAUGUAAUAAACAAGUAUGAUCAAUUUCAAUUAUUGAUUGUAAUUAUAUUA